AUGUCUUCUAUUUCACCGGUCUCAACUGUAGAUGAAAAACAAUUUGGCGCUCUGCCAGUCACAAAUGCAGAGGCAGCCCCUUCUCAUUCCGACUCGGGUCGUCUCCACGCCCUGGAGCAACUCGAGAUCAUCCCCAAAAUGCUCCAGGAGGGCAUUAUCUUCGCCGGCGCAGGCGCCGCCCUUCUUCUCCAAGCCGCGCUACCUGGAAUCCGCGAUGGAACAACAGGUGGCCCGAAGGAGCUCGCGACCGAGCUCAUCGAGGUAAUGCAAUGCCACAUCAGCUACAUCUCCUGUCUGGUAUUUGGCACUCGCGCCGAGCGCAAGACCCUCCUGGACCUAUUGCAAAGUGGCGAGCGACCACUCCUGGGCGAUGGCCAUUCCGCUCGGUUCACAGCUCAUCCCUCCCAGCAGCUCUGGAUGGCGGCAACCCUCUACGUCACCACGACAGAUGUCUACCAGCGCGUCUACGGCCGCGUUGACUACGCCACUGCCCAGCGCGCAUACAGCGAGUUCACUCUGCUGAUGUACUGCCUGGGCGUGCCAUCUGGGACAUGGCCCGCCUCCCGGGAGGAGUUCUGGUCGUAUUGGGACGAUCAGGUGUCGCAGCUGACUGUCUCGUCGGACGCGGCGGAGUUCGCAAAGGAUCUCAGAGAGAGUACGGAGAUGCCGCGCUGGGUGCAGUCUAUGAAGCCGUUCUUGCGGGUGGCGAUGAUUGAGAUGCUCCCACCGCAACUGCGAGAUGCGUAUGGAUUGCGUUCCACGGUGUCGACGCGGACGCUGUAUCGCACUUAUAUGGGUCUCUCGGUGGCUGUUUAUCCUGCAAUGCCUCGUAAAUGGAGGGCAUAUCCCUACCGAUUCUAUCAGGAUCGUCUGAAGAAGCAGUUGAAUGUGAUUUGA